UCUUGGAGUGGGCACUGGCCGCGGAGCGAGUUGUCCGGGGCUGGCCAGGGUCGGGGCGAGCUCUGCGCGGCGCCGGAGACUCUGCACUCCCGGGCGCGCGCAGGGUCCCCGGCCGUGGUCGCAGAGUCAGGAGGGGCGGCGCCGGAGCCCGGUGCGGGGAGGGCCCAGGAGCAGCCGGGGUUGACAGGUCGCGACACCCGCUCCCCUCCACUUUUGAAAGGGUUUCCCACGCCGGGAAGAGGGGCAGGCAUGGCCGGCCCCGCGAAACCGGUUUGUCCAGACUUUGGGAAGCCAUCGCUUGCGGAGGGUGGGACCGCACAGGCUGUCCACCCGCCCAGGCUGAGACAUCGCGUCCUCAUCCUGGAUGCCCCACGGGCUUCUGGUCCCGGGCAGCCGCGCACGGGAGGAGGACACUCCCGCUCUGCAGGUAUUUGAAAAGAAAAUGCUGCUCAUGAGGAUGCUGAGGCGAGUGGGGCAGGGCCCAGCCUGUGGCUGUUGGACGCCGGUCCUGCCAGUCCACUUUCUGGGCAUCUCUCCUCGGCAAAUUCCAGCAGAUGCUAGCUUCCACUCUGCGUCUUUCUCUGACACAGACCAUCCACGAGUCUUAAUUACAGCCUGGUGGAGAUCAUUGCAUUUCCAAGUGCUGCACCAUGUUCCUGGGAAGAUUGCAAGGGGUCUUGGCCAGCUGGGAGUGGGGCUUGCUAAUCUUUUGAGGAAACGAUUUGGAAAGGACAGCGUGAUUUUGUCUGACAUAAGGAAACCCCCCGAUCAUGUCUUUCACAGUGGUCCGUUCAUUUAUUCUGAUAUCUUGGAUUACAAGAAUCUUCGGGAGAUCGUGGUAAACAACCGCAUCAGCUGGCUGUUUCAUUACAGCGCUUUGCUCAGCGCCAUUGGAGAAGCAAAUGUUUCCCUGGCGAGAGCAGUGAAUAUAACUGGCCUGCAUAACAUCCUGGAUGUCGCUGCGGAACACAGUCUGCGAUUGUUUGUGCCUAGCACGAUUGGGGCUUUUGGACCCACCUCUCCCCGGAACCCGACCCCCGAUCUCUGUAUUCAGAGACCCAGGACCAUCUACGGGGUGUCCAAGGUCCACGCGGAGCUCAUGGGAGAAUAUUAUCAUUACCGGUAUGGGUUAGAUUUCCGAUGCCUGAGAUAUCCUGGAAUCAUUUCAGCUGACUCCCAGCCUGGAGGAGGAACAACUGACUAUGCAGUCCAGAUUUUCCAUGAUGCCACAAAGCAUGGUAAAUUCGAGUGCAACCUGGAAGCCCGCACGAGGCUGCCGAUGAUGUACAUUGACGACUGCCUCAGGGCCACCCUGGAGGUCAUGGAGGCCCCAGCUGAGUCCCUUUCCAUGAGGACCUACAAUGUCAGCGCCAUGAGCUUCACACCUGAGGAGCUGGCCCAGGAGGUCCUCAAGCAUGUGCCAGAAUUCCAGAUCACAUACAACGUGGAUGCCGUUCGGCAGGCCAUAGCGGAUAGUUGGCCAAUGAAAUUUGAUGACAGCAAUGCUCGGAAGGACUGGGGGUGGAAACAUGAUUUUGAUCUUCCAGAGUUGGUGACUGCCAUGUUGAACUUCCAUGGUUCUGAAACCAGAGUUGCCCAAGGCAACUGAAAGAAUCUGGAAGAGGAGCUCCUGUGUCCUGGUCCACUGUCAAAGGAGAACUGUCACAACUCCAAGGUUAUAGACUCCAAGGAGCCUACAUUAUUUGGAACUGACCAGUUGGACUAAAUUUUGGCAGCUCAUAUUGAACUGCUAGACAAAGAAUGGAGUUAACAUUUCAGCAUUUUGAGAAUGUUGUAGCUAUGGCAGUGGGACUUCUCAGUUUUUGCUGUUUGUCUGAACUUGUCUAAACACAUUCCACAGAAUAAGGCUUAAGUCAUCAUUAGUUUCCAUUUCCUUAAUUAGGAUGAAGUGACCAUUUCUGGGAAGGUGGGAGUAUGUGACAUUUGUAUUUAAUUAAAUUCAAUUUAAAUAUUC